AUGAGGAUGCUUACCUAUGGAAUUGGGGUAGAUGUUAUGGAUGACUAUCUCAGAAUUGGUGAAACCACUGCAAUUGAGGCUAUGAGAAGGUUUGUUCAAGCUGUUAUUGAAGUUUUUGGCGCUGAAUACUUAAGAAUACCAACUUCUGAUGAUAUUUCCAGAUUGCUAUCGAUUGGUGAGAGUCGUGGGUUUCCAGGAAUGCUUGGUAGUAUCGAUUGUAUGGAUUGGAAGUGGAAGAAUUGUCCGGUUGCUUGGAAAGGCUCUCACAAUGAUAUUAAUGUGUUGGAGCAUUCACCUUUAUUUGCUGACCUCCGUGAAGGUCGAGCCCCUCCGGUCACUUAUGAGAUCAAUGAUCAUGAAUAUACAACGGGAUAUUAUCUAGCAGAUGGCAUAUAUCCUUCAUGGGCCACUUUUAUCAAAACCAUUCCUUGUCCACAAGGAGAGAAAGCAAAGAUUUUUGCUCAAGCUUAA